AUGUCGAAAGCGAAACGAAAAUUUAAAUAUGAUUUGAAUGAAGGUUUGAUGCUGGUAAGCUUAAAAAAUCCCCUUUUUCUUGAGGAAAAUUAGAAAAUUCGCAAAAAAUCCCAAAUUUCAGGAAAUCGAAAAACUCGUCAGCCCGCCUGUUUCGCAGAGUCAAUCGAGUUCACGUAAGUCUUUUUGACCCUGAAAAUAUGGGCGGUGAAAGUUUUGAAUCGAUUUUUUGGGGGGAAAACUUGUUUGCCCUUUUUCAUUUUGAAAGCGCUUUUUUCAUGUGGAAACUUGGAAUAUUCUACUGGAAAAUUCGAAGUUUUUGACGAAAACGAUAAUAGAAAAGUUGAUAAUAUCAGAAACAAGGAAAAUCCCAGAAAAUUUUUUUUCUUAAUUUCGCAACUUUUCCUAGAAAAGGGGGUAGCCAUAUAAAUAUUUAGACGUCAAUUAUCCAAUAUUUCCUUUAAAAUCUUUAUUUUCUUUUUUUCAGGUCGUGACCACCAACAAAAUCAUUGCGAAUCUGCGCGAAACUCUCAAUCAUCUUCCUCCGAACCAUGGAAAACCAUCGAAUCUCAAAUAUGCUCCUAUUGUUUUCUUGGCGGUGAUAUUCUAUGCUGUGAAAGUUGUCCAGCCUCAUUCCAUUUAUUAUGUCUCGGAAUCGAUGAAAAACAAGUGCCAGAAGGUGAUUGGAUAUGUAACAGAUGCACUAAUUUGCCACCAAAUUUGAGAGCUGAAUUAUCGAUAUCACCAUCAAAAUCUACAAAUUCUAUUUGCGGACCAUCUUCUAGUUCAGCAUCAUCAUCUUCUUCAUAUUCAAAUCAAAUGAUUCCAAAUCCAAAAAUUCGAGCUGAAAGAGAAGAACAAAGAAAUAAAGAAGCAAUUCGAUAUCAUAUUCAUAAUAAAAAUAGUUCUUCUUCUUCUUCUUCUUCGAAAAAUGAUGAAUUUUCAAGGAUUUUACAAGCAUUUUCAAAGGCAAAUCCGACGGAAUUUCGACUUCCUCCUGAAAUUGAAGCUGAACAUAUUUCACUGCCUUUUGAUAAUAUCGAUAAACCGAAAGAGGAUAUUGUUGGAGUUGAAUGUUAUAAAUGUGGAACGUAAGAUUUUUAUUAUGGUGAAAAAUUCAAAAAUUUUGGUAGUUUUGAGCCAGAAAGCAUGAAUAAUAUUAUUUUUCAUGUUUUUCUGAUUCAGAAAACAUUUUCUUCAUCAGGUUCUGCAUUCCCCCGAGAAAAUACGUUUCGAAUAUUUCUUUAGAUUCGCUUCCAAAUUUUGCUAUUCAGGACUUGACCAGGAAUUGAACCUCGAACUGAUACCUUGAGAAAUUGAGCCUCCUGGGCAAAAUUAGAAUAAUUUUUCCAGUCGGAUCCAGUUUUGAAAAAAAAUGAAUUUCAAAUAUUUUUUGACGAGUGGGUUAAUCUGAAUAUUUGAAUAGAUUUAGAAUCGAACUUCGUCUCGAAAAGUUUUCAUUCAUUUUUUUCCACUCUCCUCACUCCCAAAAACCUCUUAAAACUUCAAAUUUUGCAGUUGCAAUCCCUUUUCUUCCGUCCUAAAAUGCGAUUUUUGUCCAAAACAUUGGCAUUUGCACUGCGUCGACCCUCCUUUAACAGUUCGUCCAACUUGGAGAAAAUGGAUGUGUCCUGCGCAUGUCGAAGUAUGGAUUGAUGAAAUGACUGGAGGAAGAAUUAUGAUCGAAUCGAAACGAUUGAAUCUAUGGUCGAAAUAUACAGAUGAAGUAUUGAAGAAAUCGACUUUUCAAGAAAUUUGGAAACAAUUUUGUAAGAAGGCGAGAGAAAUUCGACAACAGCAUUUGAGCGAAGAAUUUAGAGAGUUUAAAAACACAAAACAUGCUGUUUUUUUGGAAUUAGAUGAUCAAAAACCUUCGACUUCGAAUCAAAUUUGCGAAUUUUUGGUGCCGAAAACGAAUGCAAAAAAGGUGGUGAAUAAUAGGAAUCGAUUUUUGAAUCAAGCUUAUUCUUUGAAAAAUUUGAAUUCUGGAAAGAAACCGGUGAAACAUAAAUAUAGACAAAUGGAUUUCGAAGUUGCUGAAGAGGAAUUGGAUAUUGAGGAUAAUCGGAGAAGUAUUGAAAUGACUGAAAAUGAGAUUUUUGAAUCGAUUUACAGUACUAAUCGUAAGUGAAAUUUGAGAGGAAUUUUGUUGUAGAUAUUUUCAGAUAUACUUUCACCUGGAUCUCUGAAUAAUGAACCUGCAAAAAUUUUAUAUGUCCCAAAAUUUUCUACGUUUCAAAAAUUAAAUAUACAGACAAUAAACGUGUGUUUUUCGUUGGAUAGUUUUUAUCAUUUUGAGAAAAAGACUGGAAUUUUAACAAAAACACUGGAAAAGCUUAGGUUUUCAUUAAAAAAUUAUCUUUUUUUAUCGAAAAAUUGCCUGAUCCCCCUUCAAAUAUUCAAAAUCCCUCUUCUCUGAAAAUUCUCCAUUUUUUCGAGCCACCCGCCGGAAACAAACUUUCGACACGGCAUUUCCUGAAGGAUCACUCGAAAAUAUGCAAAAAAUCCAAGCAAUGAACAAUCAAAUAAUGGCUAGAAAUCGAUAUAUGACUGAAUUUCAAGAAGAACAAGAAAUUAUCAAUCGACAUUGGCAAAAUCUGAAUGUUCGAAAAUCUGUGAGAGGUGGAAGUAUUCUGGAUUAUCAUCCAAAAACUCUUCCAAAAUCACAACAAAAAGGUGGAGAAGAAAGAGGAAGAAAAAGGAUUUUAGCAGAUAGUGAUAUGCAAUUAUUAGCACAUGGUUAUGGAAAUAUUGAUAAAUUAGAAUAUUUUGCAAGGUGUUCAACACUUGAUGCACAAUAUUUUUUAUCCCGAAGUCCACCGCCAAUUCCUGCACCAUAUUUUGAAUCAUCACAUCAUUUGCGACAUGUUGUUUUAACUUCUAUUAGAUCAUCGGCCGAUUUUGGAAAUAGUUGGUAUACUCAUCCGAAAGAACAAGAUUCCAAAUAUAUUGUUGUUCUUAUGUAUGAUCAUUGUUUUGAUGGAAGGAAAAUGGAUAGGGAUCGAUUUUUUUCGACGAGUAUGACGAUUUGGUCGAAAGAAAAGUUUGGAGAUAUUUUGGAGAGGAGGCAUAGAAAAAGGAGAGACGAAAAGGUGGGAAAUUUAUGGGGGAAAAUAGCGGGAGAGGGAAGGUAUUUGAAAAAAGCGAAAAUCAACAUAUCAUUUUGAGAAAAUUAAAAAAUUCCCCAUUUUUUUCUCAAGAUGACUUAGGAAUCCAAAUUCCUGAUCUAACCCCGAUUUUCUUCCAGGAACCUUCUCCAGAACUGAGACUUCAACUCGAACCAAUUGAUAUUCCAUCAUCAAAAGAACCAACUCCACCAAUUUUUCUUCCCCCUUCACAAUCACAAUCUGAAAAUGAACCAAAAGCAGAGGUUCCCGAUGUUUUGGAAGAUUCGAAAAAUGAGCCGGAAGAUCAACCAGAAACUGCAAAAUAUCCAUCAGAAUUCAGCGAUAUAUCCGAAGAAGCAAUUCAAGAUAUCAACACAUUUUUUGAGCCGAAAUCCGAAAAAAAUGAUGAUGAAAAAGAUAUUGGAAUUGUUGUUGAGAAGAUUGUUCAAGAGAUUUUGGUGAAAGAAGUUCAGAAAGUUGUGAGUUUUUUUGGAAGACGUCGAUUUUUUCAAUUUUAGAGAGAAAUAUUUUCUCAUGAAAAUCUUAAUUAUCACGAUUUUCUAACCUUUGAAAUUAUCGAUUUUUUAUAGUAUUCUGAAAGUGUUCGACCAAUUGAGAAUGGAGCAAGAAGAAUGAGCUCGGUGAGUUUUUUUUUUCAAAAUUUUCUAAGAAAUAAUUUACUGUUUCAAAAAGUCGGCUAAUUUUUUUGAAUAUCGUUUUUUUGUUCUUGAAACAUUGAAACGAAGUGUGAUCUGAACUGAAAACCCCGCGAAAAAAGUUCCUUUAAACUCAAAUUCAAUCAAAUUUUUGCAGACAAUUGAGCCAAUAAAUUUCAAACGUCAACUCGAGCAAAAAUAUCGCUCAGUUUCACCAACAAAUUCUUCUUCAAUUGCAUCAUCUUCAAUAUCAAAUAGUCCAAACAAUAACUCUCUUCCACUACCACCAACAUCUGCAAUAAUUCAACCACAACCACAAACUUCUUCAUCUUCUCCAUCUUGUUCUUCAUCGUCUUCCCGCAAUUUUCCACAAUUUUUGAAUGGAAAUCAUCAUCGAAAUUUGACUGCAAUUGAAUCAACAAUAAAUGAAGUUGUAAGAACAUCGAGAAAUUCAUCGCAGAAAAAUGGACAAAUUAUCGAAGAAGCUGAUGUUUUGCCGUCGACUUCGCAGAUUUUGAUCAAUGCGAAUUCGCAGCAAAUUGCAACUAAUUCGAAAUAUACACUUUUGAUGAAUGGAUCAAUUGCAGCGAAAGCGAGAAAAGUAAGCAUAAAUUGGGAGGAUUAUUGAAUAUUGAGACAUUUUGAAAAUAAUUCAUUUUUUUUCAACAUCGAAUAAAACGAUUUUCUUUCAGGAUUAUCUUCAAGAACGCUGGAAACAAUUCUACCGUAUCCCAGCGCUUUGGGACCACGAUUAUUGUCGAAAACCCGACUAUGAUACAGAAAGAGAGAAUACGGAAAUUGCAGAAAAUAUCAAAAUGGAAAUUUUCGCCAAAUUCAAUAGUACUGGACCAAUUACCCCUAGCUUUUGUGUGAGUUUGCAAGAAUUUUUGAAAUAUUUGCUCUAUAAAAUUCCUACCCAACCCUCAUCAUUUUUUCUAGCAAUCAAGCCCGGAUAAAGCGAUACCACUUCGCGGAGUUCAUCCGCAACGGAAACGCGGAAGACCGCCUGGAUCGAAAAAUAAAAUGAAAGAAGACUCGAUUGGUGGAACAGCAGAAAUUAUGGAAAAAAUUGGAGGAAGUGGGGGAAAUAAGAAGAAAAGAGAUUCGGAAGAUGGUGGAAUUUGUGGAGGAAUAUUGGGAUUCGAUGAAAAUGGAACACCGAUUAAGAAAAAACGAGGAAGACCAAGUGAGUCAUUUUUGGGAGAAGGGCUAAAAGUUUACUGUUUCAAAUAAAAAAUAAAUGCACUUUGGUGUGGAAAGAUUUGAUAUAUCUAUGAAUGGUCGCUAAAAAUUCUGAAAUUUUGCGAUUAAAAAAAGUUAACUGUUUCAAAAAUAUUUCAAUUGAAAUGUGUUCAUCAUCGAAAAAAUCUGAUUUUCAGUUCGUUUCUAAUUUUCAGGAAAUCAGGACUCAAUUUUGAUCCGAAAAUAUUCUUAAGAAAAUAUUGUUUUUCCUUUAAAAAAUUACUGUUUCAAACAAUUUUAAAAUAAAAAAUUUGUGUUUUUUUUUGAUAGUUCGUUUCUAUUGUUUUUAAACUUUAAUUUAAUUUCGAGUUUGGAAAAAUGCACUGUUUCAGAAAUUUUUUGAACAAAAAUUUUAAUUAAAUAUUCUAUCAUAAUUUUUUGCAGAAGGAAGUGUGAAUAAACGUCUCUCAAUCGAUGAAAAAGACAGACCCUUGAUUUUUCAAAUCGAUCAAGCUCCCAUUGAAAAAGCGAAAGAAAAGGAAGAACUUCCAUUAUCACCCGAAAAAAUCCGUCAACUUCGCGCCGAAGCAAAUUCGCUCAGAAAUCGAAUGCGUCAAAAAAUGGUGCAAAAAAUGGCGGAAUCCGCCAAAGAAGCGUGGUUCAAAACGCGUGACGAGGCAAUUCAAAAAUGGCGAGAAAAUGAAGAAUGGGCAGAGUUGCGCGAAAAAUGCUAUCAACAGCGAAUGGCGAGUUGUGUGCCUUUUGAACCUCGAUUUUUUCUGCCCGACGAAACGGUUUAUGGAUUUUUGGAGGACGCGAAAAAUGGAAAGAAUUUGGCAGUGGCAAUACAGAGGGGAUUGACAAAAAUUGGAACAGCCAGAGAUUGCCAUUUGAGAAUUGAUAGAUUGUGUAGAAAUUAUUGUGCCGCAUUGGCUGAUUAUCAUUGUGAUAUUGUUUUUGAUAAGGUAGGCGAAUUUUGGAGCAAAAAAUUGGGAUAAAAUAAGCCAAAUGACAACGAUUUUCAUUUAAAAAAUUCAGAAAAUUUAUAAUUUUUGGUUUUUAUCGAUUUUCAUACAAACUAACUCGUCAAAAUGUUUUCCCCGAAAAAAUACGUUUCAAAUAUGCAUUUUGAUUCUAUUUCGAAUUUUCUUUUCGUUCUCGGCCCAGAUAACUUCCAAAAUAUCAAUCAAUCAAUAUAUAUAUUUUUCCAGAUCUCACGAACAUUUUACUUAUCCACACUUGCUGAUUCAUAUGUGUUGGUGAAUGGAAUUGUUGUAUUUCGAAAAAUGUUGACACCGCAUGAAGAAGCAUUUAGAACACGAGUUAAUACUAAUAAUGGUGAGUGGAAAACAGGAUUUAAAAAAAAGAGAAAAAAUCAGAUUUUUAUCACAAAAAAUAGAAGAAUUGAGAAAUUUGGAAUUUCUAAGAAAAAAUCACUGUUUCAAAAUUUUGAUAUGAAAUUUUAAUUUCAAAGAAAUUUGCUAAUAUGAUUGUUAACAGUGAAUUUAAAAUAUUGAAAAAUCUUCCAUUUUAAUAAAGUAAUGGAAGGAUUUUUCAAUGGGGUCUCCCUUUUCUCAUUUUUGAAAUGAAAAUUGAUUGUUUCUAGAUUAAAACCCUAUGUUUCGAAGUUAGAUCAUCUUUUUUUUUCUAAAAAAAAGGCCGAAAUUUUAGAGAGAAAACUGACUGUUUCAAAAAAAUUAUAUAAAUUUUCAAUUAAAUUAAAUUUUGUUUCAUCCAUAGAUUUUAGAAAAAAAAUUUCAAUAAAAACACUGUUCCAAAAAUAGUUGAAGGAGUAAUUCGAGCAAAAAUAUAGGAUGCAAACAUUAUAAUAAUUUCUCUGAAAUUAUUAUUCGAAAUCUAAAAUUAUUAUUUUUUGCAGAAUCUACCUCAACCUCAACUUCUUGCUCAUCAUCAAAAUCCACAAAAACCAUCAAAUAUUCAUGUAAUUGUCAAGAAGAAAUUGAAAAGUUGAAAAACAUUCAAAAACGCGAAAAUCAUCAAAUCGAUUCGGGUAUUUUAUGGCUGAAAAAAUCGCCGACAAUUUUAAAAAUUGGAUGCGCCGAGAUUCGCCUGAAAUUCUGAAUUUAGGUCCCGGUUUCUAUUUUUUCUUCCCACCGGUGGUUUUUUGUGCCUGUAUAGAAGCGUAAUUUCCGCAAUCGCAAGCUCUGCGUUCGCGGAAAACGCAUUUUUCGUUGUUAUUUUUGUGUCUCAUCUCAUAUUUACUGUUAUUUUUGAUUUUUAUUCUUUUUAUUUCAUUAUUUUUGUCAAUAAAUUUGAUAUUUUUUAAAUUUUCUGUUUUUUUUUUCUUGGAACUAUUAUUUCGUGAAUUUCGCCGAUUUUUGAUAUAUUUUUGAUCAGACUUCAAUUUCAGAUAAAAAUGCGAAAAAAAAUUUCAGAGGAAUUAUAAUGAGAAGAGGAGUUUAUAGUCGAGGACACGAGAAUUUUUUGGAGAAUGUGAGUUUUUCGGGGGAGAAAAAAUCACUGUUUCAAUAAUUAUUGAAAUAGUUAUUUUUUUUAUUCUCCGAUUUUAGAAAGCAACAAAAUUUCAUAGAAUAAUUGAGCCCAAUUUCGAAUAAAAACAAAAUUUAGAGCUGAAAAUUUCAGAAAAAAAAGUAAUAAUUUGAAAAAAAUCUAAAAUUUUUAUGGAAAUGAAAAAAUUUACUGUUUCAAAAAUUAUCAAAUUAAUAAUUUUCGAAAAAUUACGAUACUUUAAUUUGUACCCAAUUUUGUUUCCCCAAAAAAUCUGAAAAUUUCAGCAAUCGCUCUCCUCCGCGAUUUCUUCGGGUAUUCAAAUAUCACAUCGCGAAUCUUUCCCGCCAAAAAUCCUCGUCCCCGAUUCACAAUUCGAAUUUGGAGAACAAGAAGAAGAUCAUUAUUUUGCUCCAAAAAUGGCGCCGUCAAAAAAUCGAAGAAAUAUUCAUGAACAAUUGGGACGCCCUUCAACUUCUUCAGCUUCACCAUUUUUUAAUAAUCAACAAAAAUUAUAUGGUCCUUCCUCUUCUUCUUUUUCUUCCUCCUCCUCAUCUGCUUCAACGAGAAAAAUAUCGGCCGUGGAUUCGCAAAACUUUUUAUCGAAAAAUUGGAAAAAUCACGAUUUGGAAGAGUUUUCGCCGCGAAAAACUGCUGAAAAAUUACGAAAAAAACAAGUGAGAAUGGAUGAAUUUUUGUUUAAAGCCAGGAGAAUUGAUAAAGGAGCAAGAGAAUUUGGACUUUUGACAACACAAAAUCCGAAAAGAGGAAGUCAGAAAAAGAGAGAAUCGAUUGAUAAAUUGGAAAUUACGAAAAAUGAGCAGGAGGUGGGUGCUUUUUAGGAGGAAAUGUGUGUUUUUGAGAUACUUACUCUACUUCAAAUAUGAGUUAUGACGUGGAAAAGUUCUUUUCAAAACAAACUUUGCCGCGUCAUAAUUCAUCUUUGUAAUAUUGUAAUUAAAAAUAAUUUCUGGAGACAAAUAUGUUCAAUAUUGUUUCUGAAAAAUAAAAAAAACGUGAAUAGUUAGAAUUUUGACUGAUAAAUAGUUUCGUUUGAAUUUUCGAGGAAAAUGUUGAUUUCGGAAAAAUGUAAAACCUCUGAAUUCAAGGAGGCCUAAAUUUUGUAAAUUUAUAUUUUUUUUGAAUCAAAAAUGGCCACGUGGAAUUAUUUUAUCCAUAUUUUUUGACUGUUUCAAAAAUUUGUUAUGAAAAUUUUUUACUUGCAAUUUUAAUCAUAGAGAUUGUAUUCCCAUUUAUCGAAAAAUUCAAUUUUUAUUUUCCACGUCAUAACUUUUUCCCACAGGUUUUAUGAAAUUCUGAAAAAUCUCUAAAAUGUUGAUAAAAAUUUAAUAUUUUGCCACGUCAUGAUUUAUAUUCAGGGUUGAACGGGAUCUUCUAGAAAAAAGCAUAUUUUUUGAAAAUUUUCCACGUCAUAACUAUUUUUCCAGACUUGCCAACUCGAUGAAACGUUGCCACCAGAGCCUGAAACUAGCCAUGAGGUAUUUUUAUUUUUUUCAAAAAAUCUUUUAAAAAAUUGUUUUGCAGUCCGAACUUGACGCAACUCUCCCCCUGACUCCGCCCACAUUUUCGCGAGCUAAAAAAUCGGCGCCACAAAAAAUCACGAAUUUCAUCAUGAAAUUGCCCGCAAAACGACCGGUUUUUGAGGAAGAUCAAGAAGAGAAAAUGGGUCCCAGGGCGAAAAGAACACAGAGAGAUUCGAAUAUAUUAUUGAAAAUCGAGGAGACGCAGAGAAAAACGAGAGGAGCCGAGAUAUUGAGCAGAGAGGAAAUGGUGCGAAAUUUGGUGGAUCAACAAUUUUUGGAUGAUUGCCAAAAUGGUUUUGAGAAUAGAAAGGUUGGGGAAGAUUUGUAAAAUCAAAAAUUGAUGAAGAAUUUACAAAUUCGUCAUUUUAGUAGAGCUCUAGGCCAAUAUUUAAAAAAUAACUAUUUGAGCGCAUUUACUUUUUCUAGCUAAAAAUAUUUUAAUUUAAAGUUCAAGAUUUUUAAUAGAUCCAAAAAAGUUUACUGUUUCAAAAAUUAAGUAAAAUAAAUUUUUGUUACGAUUUUCUGAUCUUUCCUUCAAAUAGUUUCUGACAUUUCCAACCAAGUUUUUUUUGCAGAAAGAAGCUCGUGCUGAACUGAGCGAUGGUACUGUAAUUCGAAACAAAUCGGAUCGAAAACAUUUGAUGCACGGAACCACGUGUAAAUGCUGUAAAGGAUAUUAUGAUAAAUUGGAUAUGACACCAGAAGCUAAAAAUCAAUAUAUUGAUCAGGUGAGCAAUAUUUUCGAAUUUUUCCGGAAAAAUUAAUUAUUUCAUUGAAAAUCUACGAAGAAACCCUAUACAGAGAAAAAACUAGAUUUGGAAAAUUAGAGAUUAGAAAAAUUAGGAAGAAACCCUAUAAUUUUUCCUAUCCGCUCAUGAAAAACAGAAUUUGUCACACAUAAAUUUUUGAGAAAAUAUACUACGACAAUUUAUUUUUUGGGCAUUUCAAUUUUAUUCUUUUUAAAAUUUUCUCCAGUGUUCUAGGUCCAUUUUUCCCUAGAUUCCUAUCCAUUGUCACCCCAUUUUUUCCAGAUUUCCCGCCAUCGCUAUGUUCAUCAAGCGCUUCCUGAUACACCUGAACAUUAUUGGGAUUUAACACUCGGACCAACUGAUGAGCAACUUUUAGCCUCGUCUUCUUCUUAUUCUUCUUCACCUUCUUCUUCAAAUUCAAAUUCAUUCAACUCACCAAAAUUAUCCACGUGGCAAAUUCGCCAAAAACCACCAACAAAAUUGGCGAAUUGGGAUUGA